GGUGUUUCGUCACGUAAAUGGGCGCGAAGCAAAGCAGCAUCUACGAAAAACCCGGGACUAUGAAUUACUACCAAUUUAGUGCGAAGGAAUACGCGUUGGUUAAGAACGUGUGGUCGGAAAUCGAAGUUAAUCCUCUUCUUCACGGCAACGCCUAUUUGAAGAGUUUUUGUGCCACCUAUCCGCAAUACGUGAAGUUCUUCACGCUGGAACUCAGAUUGAAUCCCAUGAACAUCGGCGCGGUAACCAUGUUGAAGUUCUCGGUGAUUAUGGAGACCAUCGGUUAUCUCUUUCUGGAUUUUAACAAGAAGCCGAAGAAGCUGGACCGACUCGUCGCUUACAUAGCUAUGGUGCACAAGGACAUGCAGUUAGACGAGGAAGACUUGAACAACUUCAUGUCGGCAUUGAUCGAGUAUUUGUUGCGAACGUGUCCCAUGCACAUGACGACGCAGUGUCAGGAAGCUAUGUCCAAGUUCACGAAUUCUGUUGUGCACGAGCUUAUCGCGAAGAUGAGACUCUUCCGUGAUUAUGACGUCACACUGUCGAACGAAGUGAUACGAUCGCCGUGGGGACUGUGUCCGUUCUUCGUCGAGCCACUGAUAUUCGGCAAGACGAGAUUGUACUGGGACCAGAAGAAGAACCAGUGGGACGCGCGACUCGACGAGUGGGGAAAAAUGAUAUCUCUGGAUGUGUCGACACCCGCGGAGGCAACGAAGAUGAGAUCGGACGACUUUGACGACGAAAGGGAUUUCUUCAAGUCGGAACGGAGAGAAGCAAAAGGCAACGACGAUGAUGACGUUGACGAUGAUUCGAUAAUUCGGAAGCGUGUCACUUCGGAUGCUCGUCGUCUGUCCUCGCAACGACGUCUUCGGAUGUCUUCUUUAGCUUACCCGCCGAAAAAACUGCUGGAAGCCGUGAGAGAUCCGCGCGAACGAUAUCGUCUCAGGAGUGUGUUUUACCUGCAGAAUUUGAACGAAACCGAUCGCGAAGAUAACGACGCGGAACAGCCCGAUCGCGAAAACAAUGUUAUUAUCUCGCACCUCACCGCUCGCGAAAGACGUCGCAGAAAGUUUCAGCGUCAAUCUGAAAUGAAGAAAUAAAAGACGAUGAGUGACACAUUUGAGGAGAUUGAAGAUCGCCGCAGCAAUUUUGUAUUUGAAAAAACCCUUCGCGGACGUGCGGCGAGACGAGAACCGUUGCGGUUUCUUGAAAAAUUUAUGGAAGUGUAUAUUUCAAGAAGAAGAACAGCGCGCAACGCAUCGAGAAACGCAAAUAAUUCUUCGUCCUACGAACACGAAAACUUUUCGUCGCGAUCACAGCGUGUUCGAGCACGUGCGAAGGUCGCUCUAAUACACGCGCAAACAUUUUUUCUUCCUUGAUUUUUCAUUCUUUUGUAAAAAAAAAAAAAAUAGAGCACGCACGCGUUUGCGAAUCGCGCCCUCGUCUCUUUCGACUUAGGCUGCGUUCCGAGUUACGCAUACGCACGCAUUUAUCUAUAGUACACGUUACAUAUAGUAUAGAUAAAUACGUGCGCACUGCGGGGUGCACUAUACGGAUUCUUGGUUGUAUUAAAUCGAGAA